GCUCAAAACUAUAAGGGUGUGUAAUAAGGUGUAUUACCGCCUACACCAUUCGCCUUGACCGCAAAAUAGCUAUCAGAUCGCUUUGAGUCUCCCGUACAUGUCAGUUCUCUGCUUCUGGACACAUGUCAUUGUGGCUCGGUCGUGGCGUACAAUGUCGUAUUUCUUACCUCGACUCUUCCUGGGCUCGCGCUGCGCAGCGCUUGCGCGGUCGGACCCUCAGAGUCACCGAGCAGGUGCAGUGGCGCCUGCCAGCUGCUUCUGGACUGUCUUCAGCAGUAGGUUGCUUACAUGUACUCGUAGCCUUGGAAGCGAAAACGGACGCCCGUCCAAGCCGGAGACAAUGUCCGCGCUCGGCCUGGCUCGGCGAGAACAGUGCUGUCCAGAGAGGAAUGCGAGGACCGAGAAAGCACUGCUCGCGUUAUCGCCGCCAGGAACAAGAACGCGUGUAUACAGGCUGUUGAACUGUUCGUCAUGGGCACGACCGCGGCGACUGCAGCAGCGUGUGCAGUGUGGCGACGAGGACGCAUUUGGCCCGCGUGGCUCAAGUAUCUCGCGCCGGGGACUCGGAGUUUUCAGAGCAAGCUUCCCGGAAAGGCCUAGCGGGAUAGGGCCUGGUAGGGCGGCGCGCGCAGCGGGGAGGACCGGAUCACAACAAAGCAGCAUUCCUGCAGCGAGCGCCGUGUGUUCCAUCAACAUCUCUGCAUUGCCAAUCCGCCAACUGAUCGAUGCGCUGGGUCUGAUUCAGAUCCAUGAUGCAUGAUGCGUUGCCCGACCGCACCACCCGUCCAGCUUCUUCCGUCCAUGGAUAUACUUCUCCCCAAAUACUGGCGCUAGCACCCGUCCCCGCCUUCACCUCUGCCUUCAUCCUCUUCGUAUUUUUCUUCUCUCUCUACCCCGCCCUUCUUUGGUCGGUCUCCGUAUUUUCUGAGCUCUUCACGAUCCCUCCUAGAAGAUGUCGGCUGCGGAACAGGAGGAGAUUUUGGCUCUCGUCAA